UUUUUUUUUCUCUUUUCAAUCGACGACGCCAAGCAAAACUCAAAUACUUCUUUUAAUAUCAAUAAUCUUGGAUCAUUAUCAAUCUUUUCUUGUUUCUUCUUCUUCUUCAUUUUAUUCUACGAAACAUUUUUUUUGUACGAUCAAUUUAUCUUUUAGACUACACUGGAAUAUUACAACAAUAAUAUCAUGGCCUCUAGGGUAGAAACCAUGACACCUCGUUUUGCUGAUGCUUUCUGGGACGAACAUCAUUAUGGAGUUAGUGCUAUAGAUCAAAGACUUAUCAAUGCAAAACAAACUUGUGAAGAGAUCAAAAAACUUUAUGAAAUCAGAUCACAAAUGGAAGGUGAUUAUGGUGAUCAACUUUUGAAAUUAUCUCAACUUAUAGUAGGUCAGGAUGAGGAUGGUACUUUAGCUGAAUCUUUAUCACAUAUUCCAAGUGCACUUGAAACUACAGCUAGAGCUCAUAUGGAUUUAGCUCAGCAGCUUCAACAUCAUCUACAAUCUCCUCUUGACAACUUUAUUAAAGAACAAAGUGAUUUAUAUACUGGAAAACAAAAACAUAUUCAAGAUAUCAUUAAGACAAGAACUGAAGCUCAUGAACGUAUGAUUCAGUUGAAAGGUGCUUAUACAAGUGAAUGUGUCAAACUUGGUGAAAUCUAUCGCUAUUUAGAAGAAUCUACAAUAUCAGCUGAUGAUCGAACACAGGCUGAAAAGGAUCGUGAUGCUUGCAUAAAGAAUAUCGAUGUGGCAGAACAAGAAUACAGACAAUCUAUCGACAAUUAUAACAAUAACACCAUGAUUUGGAUGGAUGAAUGGAGAGCUACAUGUGACACUUAUCAACAAUUGGAAGAAAAACGUAUUCGAUUUGUACGAAGUAGUUUAUGGGCGUAAGUGUAUAUACAUGCAAAUAUUAUUCCAAACCGAUGACUUAUUCUUUUUUUUUUUUUUUAGAUUCGCCAAUAUGAUGUCUAGUG